AUGCACAACCCAGAUCGAUCGGCCGAGCAGGGGCAUCGGAAAGCGCGCAUUCUUGCCUCUGUUGCGGCAACCAUCAUUGCCCUGAGCUGCGGAACGAAUUAUGGCUUCAGUGCUUGGGCUCCACAAUUCGCUGCGCGCCUACAACUCAACGCAACCCAAACGAACCUGAUAGGGAAUUUCUGCCAGCGAAUGCCAAAUGCAUGGCGAAUACCAGGAGGCAUCUUAAUAGAUUCAAAAGGGCCGCGCUGGGGAGUCUUGAUGGGCUGUAUAUGUCUGGCAUUGGGAUACUUUGCUCUGAAGAGUGCCUACGAUGGGGGCGCUGGCAGUAUGGGAAUGCCCUUGCUGUGUCUUUCUGCGCUUAUGACUGGCAUGGGAGGUUGUACGGCAUUCUCUGCUGCCAUCAAAGCUUCUGCGAGUAAUUGGCCAACCCAUCGUGGAACUGCGACGGCUUUCCCACUCAGUGCUUUUGGAUUGAGUGCCUUCUUCUACACCACAACAGCUGGAAUUUUGUUUCCCGGCGAUACUAGCGGCUAUCUCAAGCUGCUGGCUUACGGAACGACCGUCAUGACCUUUGUCGGCAUGCUGUUUUUGCGCAUCGUGCCAACAGGGCGAGAUGACGAUCACAACGCCGCUUAUGGUGUUGUACCUGCAGAGGAUUUAGAUCAGCAGAGUCUCAAGAAGCCUCGUAGAGAUAGCACACGCUUGCACAAUACGAGCACGCGAAGUACGCAAAGCUCAAGUCAUAGUCGAUCUGCAAGCAAGGCCAGCACUGCCAAUGGAGACGCCGAUGAGAGAUCGUCCUUGUUCUCGUCAGGCUCUAGUGGACCUGGCGAUAUUCGAGACGAUAUCGAGGACGCGGAGAAUCCUUAUCAGAACCACAAUCGGCCAGAAAUCACAGGAUGGGCGCUACUCCGAACUCCAAAAUUCUGGCAGCUUUUUGUACUGCUUGCUUUGCUUUGUGGUGUCGGACUCAUGACUAUCAACAAUAUUGGCAACAACGCUCGGUCGCUUUGGCAUCAUUACGAUGACAGCGCGAGCAAGGAAUUCAUCAUGAAGCGCCAGCUUAUGCACGUGAGCAUUCUGUCCUUCUGCUCCUUCCUGGGUCGACUUGCCAGUGGCAUUGGUUCGGAUUGGCUCAUCCACAAUCAUGCCUCAAGAUUCUGGACAUUGGUUGCCUCCGCGGCAAUCUUUGUCGGAGCGCAGGUCGUUGCGAUAACACUGGAAGAUCCUAGGCAUCUAUAUUUCCUCUCAGGAUCCACAGGUCUCGCCUAUGGUGUCCUUUUUGGCGUAUAUCCUGCUUUGGUCGCCGAUGCUUUUGGUCCGACAGGACUCGGCAUCAAUUGGGGCUGUAUGACUUGGUCGCCAGUUCUGAGCGGCAAUAUUUUCAAUUUGUUCUAUGGCUCUAUUCUUGACAAGCAUUCCACCUGGGACGGCGGCGAGCGUCAAUGCGACGAAGGCAAGGAAUGCUAUGCAAGUGCCUAUUACAUCACCCUAUGCUCAUCUGUGAUUGGGGUAUUGUGGACAUUGUGGUGCAUCCGUCAAGAGAAACUUGAGCACAUGCGCGAUCAGAAAGAGCAGGCUCGCGAGCAUCAGCCUUGA